AUGAGAGACACAACUGCCGUUGUGAACGGCCUUCUUCUGGCUCUCGCCGGAUCCCUGGCCGCAGCCGAGUCCCUCAUCACUCUGCAUGGCGCAUCAGCCUCUGCCACGGCCUACAGCGUGGUCACGACUUCCGCAUCGGUCUCGGCCUCGGCCUCGGCUGCGGGUUCGAACUCCCGCGCCUCCACCACCAGACCCCUGCCACCGAUCGGCCGCGAACCCAACUGCUCCCGCUCCGUGAGGAGGUUCCGCGUCCCACCUACGCUCCCGACCCUGUCGGAAGCGACCACCACCUACCACAUCCAGUCGGCCUCAAACGCCACCCACACGCUGGCCUUGACCGCCACCCCCACCUCGCCGACCCUCACCAUCACCAGCAGCUCCCUCUCGUCCUCGCAGUCUGCCGCCCAGCCCGUCCCCCGCGACCUGGAGCACGAUGACGACAAGAAGACCAAGAGGAAGACCAGGACCCCCGAGCUCUGGCCCGUGAUCCCCCGGCCCACCGUCUUCAUCCCCGAGGAGGAGGCCAAGGACAAGAAGAAGGACAAGGAGAUGAGGGUCGAGGCCGCGCCGACCGUGGCCGCCACCGCCUCGGUAUCCUGCACCCCGACCGGCGGCGUCCCGCGCCCGCCCCGCGGUCCCAAGAAGAUCCGCGCCGCAAAGAUGAUCCGCGUCAAGAACCCCCGCGGGCCCAAGAAGCCCCAGGAAACCGAGGCCGCCACCGCCUCCGCCCGCACCACCACCACCGUCGUCGUCUCCUCCUCGGCCAUUCUCGAGUACCAGGCCAACGCCACCCUCGCCGGCCGGGACCUCCUCCCGGCGGCGCAGUCGACCGAGGCGACCACGCACAGCAGCAGCAGCCGCCGCUGCACCCGCACCCGGAGACCGAGCUGCUGGUGGAAGACCGGCUCGGCCAAGUCCUCCUCCGGAAGCGUCACCGGGUCGUCUACCGCCUCCCAGCCCACCACUUCCGCCCCAACCACCUCCGGCAACGACUCCAACAUCAGGACCAUCACCGUCCGUCCGGCAACCACCUCCACUCUCGUCACCAGUACGGUUUCCGUCUCCGGCUCGUCCCCGUCCUCCUGCCCGUAUCCCUCGACCACCGCCGGGGCCAGCGUCGUCACCGUCACCGUCACCGCGGAGCCCAGUUACGUCCCGACCUACUACCUGAACCCGUCCACCGACCAACGCGGCUUCCGCGGUCCCGAGGGUCUCGAGGAACCCCAGCCCGCCGUCACCAGCAGCUUCAGCUACACGGGCUGGCUGGGCCCGACCACCGACCACCGUGGCUUCCGUGGCCCUGACGGUCUCGAGGACGUCCCGCCCGCCGUCACUGCCGUUUGA